AUCUGAGAGAACAAAAUGUGCUUUUCUUUCAGGGCCCGUUGAUUUUCAUGGAGGCAUCUGUGUGUUUAUCCAAAGAGGAGUGGGCUGUGCCGGAUCCUGGCCAAAGCGCUCUGCACGGGGAAGUCAGAGCAGAGAACUGCAGGAGUUUGACCUCUUUAGAUGACGGGAGAGAUAGUGAAGAAGAGAGUAAACAACAGAGAAGAAAAACUGAAGCAGAGCAGAAGUGGAGGAAGAAAUCCACUCUUUCUGAAAAUGCUGGAUCCAUUGAAAUUUUGGUUCAAGAAGAUCACAAAGUGAAUAUUUCCUCUCAAAGCACGAACCUCUUAACUGGUGGCAUGCAUCAGAGAAUUCAAAAUCUGGAGAAAUUCCCAGAGUGUGGGAACAGCUUAAACCUUACUUCUCAUCCAAGGACGGACACAGAGGAGAAGCCAUAUAAAUGCACAGAGUGUGGAAAGGGUUUCAGCCGAAGGUACAACCUUGCUUCCCAUCAAAAAAGCCACACAGGGGAGAAACCGCAUGAGUGUUUGGUGUGUGGGAAAUGCUUCAGUCGGAAGAAUAACCUUGCUUCACAUCACAAGAUCCAUACUGUGGACAAGCCAUAUAAAUGCUCAGAAUGUGGCAAGAGUUUCAGUCAGAAAAUAAAUCUUACUAGACAUCAAAGAACCCACACAGGAGAGAAACCAUUUCAGUGUUCAGUUUGUGGGAAGAGUUUCAGCCAGCAGCAUCACCUUACCACACAUCAAAAAAGCCACACAGGGGAGAAACCAUACACAUGCCUGGAAUGUGGGAAGAGCUUCAGUCAGAAGAUCAACCUUAUCACUCAUCAAAAAAGUCACAAAGGGGAGAAACCAUAUAAAUGCCAAGAGUGCGGAAAGAGCUUCAGUCGAAGCACAAGCCUUAAGUCACAUCAAAGAAUCCACACGGGUGAGAAACCAUAUAAAUGCACUGAGUGUAGGAAGAGCUUCAGUCGAAGCACACAUCUGAGGUCCCAUCAAAGAAUCCACACUGGGGAGAAGCCAUAUAACUGCCUAGAGUGUGGGAAAAGUUUCAAUCACAGCAUUAGCCUUACUUUACAUCUCAGAAUUCACACAGGAGAGAAGCCAUAUAAAUGCCUGGAGUGUGGAAAGAUCUUCCGACAGGCCAGAAACCUUCGGUCGCACCACCGGGUUCACACAGGGGAGAAACCAUACCAGUGCUCAGAGUGUGGGAAGAGUUUCAGUCAGAGGGUAAAUCUGAGGGCACAUCAGAGAGUGCACACAGGAGAGAAAUUGUUGAAGUGCUUAGUAUGUGGAAAAAGCUUCAGAAGGAGCACUCACCUCAGAGCACAUCAAAAAAUCCACACAGGGGAGAAGCCAUAUAAGUGCACACGAUGUGGGAAAUUCUUCCGGCACAAGGACCACCUUACCACACAUCAAAGAGUGCACACUGGUGAAAAACCCUAUAAAUGCCUGGAAUGUGGAAAGAGCUUCAAACAUAAUAUAAGCCUGAUAUUACAUCACAAAAUUCAUGCAGAGGACAUGUCGCAGAAAUGUCUGCCCGGGAAGCUACUUCCUUCUCCCGGAGCUGCACGCAAAAAGACGGAUUCCCCCCUGCAGGUCUCGACCUGUCCCCUUAAAUCAUCAGGACAUCUUCUGGUCCCCAUGGAGGGUGUGAAGGAGGAAGAGGAAGGGCCAGAGGGCCUUGAGGCAGAGAGGCAGCCCUGCAGCCCCUCAGAGGCUACCAUGGACCUUGGAGUGAAGAUGGAGGAGGAUGAGGAGGACUCACCUGAGAUGGACCAAGGUGGCACGCAGGUGAAGCAGGAGGCGGAGGACACUGCUGGGGGAAGCAAGGCAUCCUGGGAAGGAGCUGUACGGAAGGUCCUAGUUGGGAACACCACCAGCUGGGAGCAGCAUCGCCAGCACUUUCGGCUUUUCCGCUACGGGGAGGCCGAGGGGCCGCGGGAGGUCUGCACCCAACUCCACCAUCUUUGCCGCCAGUGGCUGCAGCCCGAGCAACUCAGCAAAACUCAGAUCGUGGACCUGGUGACCCUGGAGCAGUUCCUGGCCGUCCUGCCCCCGGAGAUGCAGAGCUGGGUCAGGGAAUGCGGGCCGGAGACCAGUUCCCAGGCGGUGGCCCUGGCAGAAGGCUUCCUCCUCCGGAGCCAGACGGAGAGCGUGAAGCAGGAAGAGCAGGAGACGGAGGUCUUAGAAGAAAUAGCCUCCGAUGUCCAAGAAGCAGAGGAGUCUCCUUUGGGUGCUAAACAGAGACUGACUCUCCAGAAGGUGAAGCAGGAGGGAGACAGAGAAAUAAUCUCACUGGAAGAAGGGCUGUCUGUUCCCAAGCUUGACUCCUCCAAGCUGGAAGAAGAGGAAGAUCAAUUUCUUGCAUGUUCCAAGGAUGGAGUGAGACCAACAGGUGAUGGGCAGGAGAGGAAGGAAGACUUUGAACAGCAGGGAAGGAAAGUGGAAGCAAAACAGAGGAAAUCCAGUCCUUUUCGAGGGGCCAGCCCUAUUCUGGGCCAGCCAGCCAGCCCAGAAGGUCAAGAAGUAAACAAAGUUAAUAAUUCUCUUCUAAGUGCCAACAUCUUAACUGUUGGCUCAACCCUCAGCACCCACCAGAGAAUUCAUAAUGUGGAGACAUUCCCAAAGCGUAGAGGGACCUUCAGUCAGAACGUAAACCUUACUUCUCAUCCAAGAACUGAUUUUGAAGAGAAGCCAUAUAAAUGCUCAGAGUGUGGAAAGGGUUUCAGUCGGAGGUACAACCUUGUUGCUCAUCAGAAAAGCCACACAGGGGAGAAACCCUACAAAUGCUUAGAGUGUGGCACAAGUUUCAGUCGGAGUAAUAACCUUACUUCACAUCAGAAAAUUCAUAUAGUGGGCAAGUCAUAUAAAUGCUUAGAGUGUGGCAAGUGCUUCAGUCAGAAGAUAAACCUUACUAGACAUCAAAGAAUCCACACAGGGGAAAAACCAUUUCAGUGCUCAGAGUGUGGAAAGACCUUUGGUGAGCAGCACCACCUUACCACACAUCAAAAAAGCCACACAGGAGAGAAACCAUAUAAAUGCUCAGAGUGUGGAAAGAGCUUCAUUCAGAAGAUAAACCUUAUAACACAUCAAAAUACUCACACAGGAGAGAAACCGUAUAAAUGCUUGGAGUGUGGAAAGAGUUUCACUCAGAGCACAAGCCUUAGGUCACACCAGAAGAUCCACACAGGUGAGAAACCAUAUAAAUGCUCUGAGUGUAGGAAGAGCUUCAGUCGAAGCACACACUUGAGGUCCCAUCAAAGAAUCCACACUGGGGAGAAGCCCUAUAAAUGCCUAGAGUGCGGGAAAAGCUUCAAUCACAGCAUAAGUCUUUCUUUACAUCACAGAAUUCACACAGGAGAGAAGCCAUAUCAGUGUUCAGAAUGUGGAAAGAUCUUCCGUCAGGCCAGAAACCUUAGGCUACAUCACAGGAUUCAUACAGGGGAAAAACCAUAUGAAUGUCCCGAAUGUGGCAAAAGCUUCAAUCGAAAGGAAAACCUGAGGGCGCAUCAAAGAGUUCACACAGGGGAGAAACUAUUGAAGUGUCCUGAGUGUGGAAAGUGCUUUCGACGGAGCACAAAUCUUCGGGUGCAUCAGAAAAUCCACACAGGGGAGAAGCCAUUUAAAUGUUUGCGGUGUGGGAAGUGCUUCCGGCACAAGGACCAUCUUGCUAAACAUCAGAGAGUGCACAGUGGGGAGAAAUCCUAUAAAUGCCUGGAGUGUGGAAAAAGCUUCAAGCACAACCUAAGCCUUACUUUGCAUUGUAAAAUUCACACUGGAGACAAACCAUAGAUAUGCUGAAUGCUGGGAAGUUCAGCUUUGGCACAUACUUUACGUCAACUAACCCACUUGGAAUGAAUGGUUCAGGUGUGAAGAGCACUUCAAAUAGAGGGCAGUCCUUCAGUUCACAUCCAAGCAAAAGUAUCUGAAGAAAGCCCAGGGCUUUACUGGUCAAAGUAGUGCUAACAGCCAGCUGAGAAUGCACAUCCCUGAAAAUGUGUACAAAUAUUCAAAAUGCUGAUAAAAUAUUCACCAUAUAGCAAAGAAUGUACACGUUAGAGUGCGUGGGGAUAGGGGCAGUUGGAGCUGACAUCUGUCAGAGUGUUUGAGUAAUCUUACGAUUAAGCGCUGAGAUAGGCAAACCUUGAAAGCUAGGGACCUGAUGAAUGCAUUCAUGG